CCUCCAGCCACGCCGCGCGGCCCACCCAGUCUCCUCUCUGGAUCCCGUUUUAACCCGAGCCCCGGGCGUGAGGGCGGGGCGGGGCCGCCGCCGCUGGCGACCGAGGGCUUCGGGCCGGGGAAGGUCCGGCGCGCCCGCCACGGACCUCGGGAGCCCGCGCGGCGAGGAGAGCGUCGCCGGGACUCCGGCAGGUGGCGCCGGCGAGACGGCCCCGCCCCGGCGCCGCGCUCGGAAAUGACCUAAGCGGCCGCGAGGCCCGGCGGGUCGCUCCGGCUCUGCGGCGCGGCGGACGGGGGGCGCGAGCACCAUGCCCGCCGAGCGGCCUCCAGGCCCGCGGGCGCGGGGCCGGCCCGGCAGGUGCUGUCAUUAGUCCCACCUCAGUAAAGAGCUGCUGGGGCUGAAUGGUCAUGGGGGAUCCUGGUAGAGAGGAGUAUAAAAUUCAGUCUUUUGAUGCAGAGACUCAGCAGCUGCUGAAGACAGCACUCAAAGAUCCAGGUGCCGUGGACUUGGAAAAGGUGGCCAAUGUGAUUGUGGACCAUUCUCUGCAGGACUGUGUGUUCAGCAAAGAAGCAGGACGCAUGUGCUAUGCCAUCAUUCAGGCUGAGAGCAAACAAGCAGGCCAGAGUGUCUUCCGACGGGGACUCCUCAACCGGCUGCAGCAGGAGUACCAGGCUCGGGAGCAGCUGCGAGCCCGGUCCCUGCAGGGCUGGGUCUGCUAUGUCACCUUUAUCUGCAACAUCUUUGACUACCUGAGGGUGAACAACAUGCCCAUGAUGGCCCUCGUGAACCCCGUCUACGACUGCCUCUUCCGGCUGGCCCAGCCUGACAGUCUGAGCAAGGAGGAGGAGGUGGACUGCCUGGUGCUGCAGCUGCACCGCGUGGGGGAGCAGCUGGAGAAGAUGAACCGGCAGCGCAUGGAUGAGCUCUUUGUCCUGAUCCGGGACGGCUUCCUGCUCCCAAGUGGCCUCAGCUCCCUGGCCCAGCUGCUGCUGCUGGAGAUCAUCGAAUUUCGGGCAGCCGGCUGGAAGACGACCCCGGCUGCCCACAAGUAUUACUACAGCGAGGUCUCCGACUAGGCCUCCGGUUCCCGCUGCGUCACCAGCAGCACCAGCCUCUCACCUGCCCCACUCCCUGCCCCUCCCAGAGACCAUCCCUUCCAGACCCUCACCAGCUCCUGAGAGGUUUCCCACUUACGCAGUGGUCCUGCCCUGAGCACCUUCCCUCCCGGAUUCAGGGACCUCAGGGACCGGGGAAGACACCAAACAGAGCUGCCCACACCAUCCCAUCGACCUCGCCCCCAGCACCUCCAGCCUGGGCCAGACAGAGAAAGGCAGCCUCUAACACGCAGUGCACUGUGUAACCGCUGGGGCGACAGCCCCAUCCUGGGGCCUCGGCUCCCCCGUCCCCAUAGCUACUGGUGGGGUACUUUGGGAUCUCGAGGGGCACAGCACAGGGCACACCAGAAACUGCUUUUUAUACAUUUUAUACAAGGACCACUUCGGAAACAAACAUAUUAUUUCCAGUCGGCUUUAGUAAAUGGCAAUACCACCUCACAUGCAACACCAGUUCAGGGCGAGAAUUUUCUAAUAAACCUUUUCCAAUAUUAAAA